AUACCGACGUAUAUCUGGUAGCGGUUUCAGACACCGAUCAGCACUAAUCUUGGCUUGGACUAAAAGUAACAUUGGAUGGUCAAGAUUAGUGCUGUUUGGGGGGGGGUCUGUAAAACCAGCAGCAAAUGUUUACACCCCCUGUCUUUAACACGGCCUAUCUGACCCAUUAUAAAAAAGUUUUUGUGGGGUGUUUAUAUGGCAGCUGCUUCAUUUGUUCCUCAAACAACUCACGUAGCCAAAGUGACGCUGAAUUGGAGGAGGAGCUGUGGGUUUGAAAUUGUAUAUAUACUGUAAUACCAAGAAAGAAAAACACCAAAAAUAUGUUCAAUAUUUUUUUUUUUUUUUUUUUUUUUUUUGCACUGCCUUUGUUUACAUUUGGUUUUGUAUUGCUAUAGUUUUGACCGCUUUUUAUGAUGACCCCACUGUUUUCGGUUGGAAGUGAAUACAACAAAAUAUCGAAUAUCCCCUUUUGCAUUCAACAAAGGUGUUUUUUUUAUUUUUUUAUUUAAUUUUUCUUUGUUCAAAAGCCAAAGGAAUAAUAAAGGGAUUUAUUAAAUGUGCCGUAGGUCAGAGAAACUAUUCGUGUUUUUGUACGGGGAGGUAGCAGGGCCCUCAAAGGAAACUGGCCAGUCUUGGAGGUGUUAUGAAGUGUCCCAGGUUAGUGGAAAGUCAGAAGCUGGAUUUCCAGCUAGGAGAGGCCCUGGCCAGGGAAACUCGACUCUGGAAGGCAUUGGUCUUCAGGAAUGGCAAGAUUCAGGGUACAGAUAUCUCUCCCACACAGCAUGAUGAGGUGGUUUUGUGGCUCUUGGAAUUGUGCUCCCGCUUUCAUUUUUACCCAGAAACCUUUGCUCUUGCAACCAGCAUUCUCAACAGACUUCUGGCAUCAGUCAAGGCACAGCUUAAAUAUCUUCGAUGUAUUGCCAUCACCUGCAUGAUCCUUGCUGCAAAGUCCAACGAGGAGGAUGAUGUGAUUCUGUCAAUCAAGGACCUUGCAGUGCAGAGUGGAUGCAACUGUUCUCCAGCUGAAAUUCUGAGAAUGGAGAGGAUCAUAUUAGACAAACUGCACUGGGACCUUUACAUUGCAACAGGGGUUGACUUCAUAAACAUUUUCCAUGCCAUGGUGAUGUCCAGCCGACCCCAUCUUCCAGACCUCCUAGUUCAGAAGAACCCUUCCCUCCACGCUGCGUUCUUGACCAGAUUGAAAGUAUUGAAUUCAUCCGAUGCAAAGAAUUGGUUGAUCAUCAUCUCAGCAGCCUUGAAACAUUCCCACCAAACGCUGUGUACAUUUUCCAUCCAGAGAAUCAAGACAUCAUGGCCAACCAGAUGUCUUUUCAUCCAAACAAACAAGACCUUGACCAGCCAGAUAUCGGCAGUGCUGUGCUGCAUUCAGGGCUUCCAGUUCUCUCGAGUUGCCAGCCUGAAAAGGUCCAAUUGAAUGGAAAAGCCAUGGAGGUUCAUGAGUUUUAUGGCUGAUGUCAAGUACCUCUAGUGUGAAGGGAUUACAUCUGAGGUUGGAAGAAGCAGUGACCAUUCAAAGAUGGUGAUGUGUUAAAAACUGGAGGAAGUACCCCUCUAUGUCCAUCCUGCAUUCUCCAUUAAACUAAGGUAGCCUGAAAUGAGGAAGAGGAUGCUAAGAGAGAGAAGAUAUGCAUUCUGACCAAAGAGUAUUGCUUUUAGUACUGUGCAUUUUUUGUAUAUAUAAUCACAGUGCCUAUAGAAAGUUUACACCUCCUUCAACUUUUUUUCACAUUUUGUUGUGU